CAUAGCCUGUUGUGGAUGACUUCCCCAAAACACGGGAAACUUUGUAUUUGUUGUUUAAUGUUAAUGUUCAUAUCCCUGUUUUUUUUUUGUUUGUUUUGUUGUUGUUUUUUUUUUACCAUAAUUUCCUAAAGGCGCAUUUCUUGGUCAUUGAAGUCUCUACCACACAGUAAAUGCAUCAUCUGCUACAGCGAGUCUACUGAGGGCUCGGUGGAUUGUGGGUGUCUAGCAGAGCCAACAAAAGGCUGCAUGCCUGCAUAAGCUCCACCAACAGCUGUCCAAGUGAGACAGCACAGCAGAGCGCAGGCUAGAGGAGGGGAAUGGGUCCGAGUCCGACAGCGGUGAGUUCAGCAGCUGAAGCCUACAUCCGAUGCCGCUCCAUUGUAGGUAUCCUGAGAAUAAGACGAGUCAAUCGAAGCAUAAACGGAUUCAUUUAGCCUCACAUUGCUGGGAAACAGUGAAGAAGAAAAUUGGAGGGCAGGAUGUCUUUGCAAGAGCUAGGCUCUUUUGGAGUCAUGUUCCCCUCGUUCUCUCUGCCCAUGAAAGCUGAACGCAGUCGGAAUAAGGAGCGGCUGGAGGCCAGCCUGGCUGGCCUGUGUGAGCUGGAGCUGCUCAAACAGAGGCAGGAAUCCCGGGUGCUGAACGCUCUCUGCCUCGGGGACUCCCCGAUUCCCGGGCGCCAGGCUUGGGGAGCUUUACGGGCACGUUGCGCCCCGGACGCACCAAACAGCGACGCGUCGGAUGACUACGGCCUCAGGCUCCAUACUACCAGUCUCCAGUGUACUCCCUGGGGUAUAAUGGCAUCUUUAGAGCAGCAGGUGGCACAGCUGACAGUCAACGCUGAGGUCAAAUCAGCAGAUUCUCCUGCCAGCCUGGACGACAGCCGACUCAGUUCAGGAGAGGUAGCCAAGCAAGAUGGAUCUCCUGAAUCAAAUUACAACAUAGUGGUCCCUUGUUCCCUCUCAGCCCUUGAAGGGACAGUGGAGACAGAGACAGGAGAAACAUGGCUGGCAGAUGCAACAAGGCGGGCCACGGUUACAGAUGCUUUGGGGGAGAUGAGGGAUGUUGACCCCAGUCAAGACGAUCAUCAACAAUCCCAAAAGGUGGAGACUUAUAUAUUUGGAUUGAUCCAGCGCAGAGCCCUACCAUCACGACCAUCAAAGCCCCGCACCAGCCUGGCACAUGAUGCCCGAGCUGUCAGUGUGGUGAGGCAGAGUAGCUUAUGCCGCAAAGAGGAGAAACAUUCACCGAAGCAAGUGUCUGUUCAAGAAAUCUCUACUCUGUCCCAGUGCUCAGAGGGAACUGCUCCACAGGCUUGCCAUAACCUGGAUCAGGAACGUUACACAGGGACAGGGUUUCCUGAAGAUGCGCCACCUCCUUACCACCACCACCUCCAGCAAAGUGUUCAGCAUCAACCAGGGCUGUACCACAAGCCCAGGCAGGCCUCCAUGAUUAACACCUCUCGCUCAACCUCGCUAGACUAUCCAUCUAGCAGAGUUCUACAAACCCACCCAGACUCCAGCAGUAGUGAGCCUGAUUCACCCCAACAUUUCGCCAACUACCCUUCCCCUCCAGCUCUAUCAAAGCCUCACCAACUACCUUCACCUGAUGAGCAGCUGGUCAAUGCAGAGUAUAUACCAGCCCAGCCAUGCCGAGCCUCCACCAGAGCUUAUGCCCAUCACCAUUCCAACCCCCACAAGGGCUCUGGGGCACCCAAACCCAACCGAAGCACAUAUUCUCCAGAGAGAGGCCAUCAUCAUCAAGAGCAGCAACCCACUGCAUCUCAGAUCCAACCCUCCAGAUCUCGAGGGGGCCCCAAGAAAUGUCGCUCCAAUGAAGACAAAAAUGGUGCCAGUAAGAAGCAGGGGAAGAGGGCUUGUCGGUCUCAAUCAGAGAAUAGCCUGCAAAGGGUUCCAGAGCGCAAGUACAAUACAGUAGAGAGGGAUGGUGGAGGAAGUGGAAGUGGUGGAAGGGGAAGCCGCAGUAGUCAGUCCAGGAGCAAGAAGCAACAGCAAGGAAGUGGAAGCUACCGGCGCUGGCAGUCCACCCUGGAGCUCAGUCAAGACGAGGCUGACCAGCCACCCACGCAGGCACCCAUACACAGCUCUUCAGCUUCAAACCAAAGGGACCAUUGUGCAAGGCGCACACGCAAAUCUCGCCCUACACACACAUCAUAUGCCUACCCACACCACAACCUUAACCACCACCACUCCCACCAUCAUCAGCACAUGGAGUACCAUUUGGAGAGGGACCAAGUGCCAAUGUGUCAGCCUAGCGAGGGCUACCCUCACCCAGGACAUGGGGAGUCUGAGUCCAGCAUGAGUGAGGCUGACUCUCCAGAUUCCAGCUCUUUGUCCAGUGACUCAGAUGAAAGUGGAGGUCUGGUUUGGCCCCAGCAACUACCCCCACAACUUUCCCUCCCAUCACCCCCUGCCCCACCUGGAGCACCUCUGCAGCCCAAGGCAUUUGUCAAGAUUAAGGCCUCCCAUGCCCUUAAGAAGAAGAUCCUGCGCUUUCGCACUGGUUCACUGAAAGUAAUGACCACUGUAUAAAGUGGAAUAUUGGUCAAACUGAACCCAACAAUAUUGGAUAGCAUGAGUUUGUGGCCACUAUGAGACCCCUUUUGUUUAUGCUUUCCUUCAAGGAAUAUCAGCUGCUUAGUUUUGGACUACGUAGAAUGAUGGACCACAAACUGCAGUAAAUAUAAAAAUCAAUGUGUACAUAAAAGUGAUCUAUAAUCUUGAGUGACUGCAUUGACUGGAUGGAUUUAGCUCAGCCUUAACAAGCAAUGAAGGAAGCAGCUGUCACCAAACCAGCCUUUUUAUUUCAAAAAUGAGAUGAAAAAUUGUACAGGAAGUGUUGUAUUGUACUUAAAGUCUUACAUUGAUGACUCAUGUUUUGUCUAAGGGUACUCUAAAUUGGCCACAUUGGCCCAUAAAUAUUCCCACAGGCACACACCCACUGAUUGACCUGAAAUUGUCUUUCAGGUCACAUAUAGUACCAAUUCAGUUUUCAAGUGAAUGGGAAGGUGUGUCCAAACUUUUUACUGGUACUGUAGCUGUUUUCCACGACGGUAAGAAUCCCUAAGGUCUAGGUUCUAGGUUCUUCCUUGUUUUCCGCUACGUUUUACAAACCAGAAUAUUUUGGAUAUACGUCAAAAGGUACCAGUGUCGCACAUGGGAACAACAUUACAAACAUCAUAAUUUUUAUGCACUUGUUGGUAGGCAAGUGUGGUGAGUGCAGUUCAGUUCUGGGACAAACAACUGUAGAAAAAGUGGGGCUAAUAUAUUAACAUUUACAUUUACCUAUGAUGACUUUUAAAUGUCAGUAUCAUUAAAUGAAUUUAAUGGAAGAGCCCUACUUUUAGUAGAAGGUCAACAGAACUGGUACCAAACCAGCUCCCACAUGCUGACCAGCUCUCCAGUGCCAGGUGUAGCCCUUGGGACAGGCUAGCUUCCCUGAAGGGCACACUGGCAGCUCUUUCUCUGGCCCAUACCAUCAAAAUCCCUCCUGCUGCUCUGUUCUCUCCUGAUUCAGAAGACAGGGAGGUGAUGCUGAAGAAUCCAGUGAAAUUCAAGAAACAAUAAAUUAUAGGGAUGUAGCAUUUGAUCACUCUGCCCCGCUACCUGUAGUUAGUGGAAAAAAUACCUACUGGAAAUGUCACAUGAUUUUGGAAAUACCAAUGCUACCUGAAUUAUUGGGAAACAUAAUUAAACUUUUAACAUGCCCCCCAAUAGUACUAAAUCUACACUUUACAUUUGCAUAAGAAGGCAACAAAACACAUGUUGGGUAUUCUGAAUCAUGAGUAUUGUCUGUAUAUUGAAAUAAACUUCUUUGCAGUGAUCAUUUUAACACACGCCCUCUAUUAUUAAUUGCUGUGUUUGUACCAAACCAGCUGUUGCAUUCCUUCCCGCUGAAAGUACCUGGAACUUGGAUUGAGUACCUUCUCCCUAGGAGUUCCCAAAUUUAGGCUCAGGAACUUGCACCAAAGUGGGGGGAGUACAGUGAAAACAAAAGCAGAACCCCUGAAAAUAGCUACCAUAAGCUGCAGGUCAUUACAGUCCUGUAGUGGAAAAGACCUAAUAGUGAACUGUAUUUCAUCAGUUUGAGUUCUGAAUAAUCCCCAAAAUAUCCGCCUUUGUAAUGUUAUAACUGAAAACAUGAAUUUUUUUAUCGAAGUGUCCUUCACUUGGCAACCCACGCCAAGUGAAACUUUGCAGAUUAGUAAAAAGCAGCCUAAUAUGUAGUUUUAAAAGUAUGAGAGAGUUGCCAUGCCCCAUUCAAAAGAAGGACCCCUUUGCCUCCAAGUUUACCAUGUCAGUUUAUCUCCUAUUUAAAACAUUCUUCAAUACUCUGCAUAUUGGGAACUUAUUGUUGAAAAAAGUAGCCUAUGAUACUGAGACAAGCCACAGUUUCCUUAUAGUUGGACUGUGAAAUCGUCUUGUGUUGCCGAAAUGGUGCAUAGUCAUCAUUAUGUAAUUGUAACGUCCUACUGUAAUUAAAUGGGAGGAUAACUUAAGACAGACAACCAAACAUUAAUACUUGCUACAUGUUUUUGUGUUGUCAGUAGAAGUAAACAUAUCUGUCAGACAUGGGGAAAUGUGACCACAGUAAAUAAAAUGAGUAGUUGUUAAGGAGUGGAUUGUCAGUACAGUACAAAGUGCUUGUGAGACAUUAUGUCUGGAAUUUGUGGUUGAGAUAGUAAAUCUCAUUGGAGAAAGAACUGACUUUCAGCAGAAAAGAAGUCUGUAAAUCUUUACUGUAGCAGCAAAUGCAAUCCAGCAAGUUACCGUAGUAGCAUGAUUUAAACCAUCUUUUAAAAGUUUUUGUGAGAUUGAAUGUCACAUUCACAAAGAGUAUUCUUGAAGGACCUUGAAUAAAAUAUUAAGUAGCAAAUUACAGUUUCUACUGUUGGGUAAAGUUGACAGUAGGCUACUUGCAGACUAAUAAAAAUUUGCCUGCCCAGAGAAUGUAAUUAAUGUUACAAUGUCACUUUGAGUGUUUGACAGUAUUAUCAUUUAAAGUGCACUAGUCAACUCACUAUUAGCUUCUUUUUGUAUGAAAUGUGUUCACCAAAAUGCAGUGUAUGAAAUUAAAGUGUUUGUUUUAAAC